AUGAAUAAAGAUCAGAAUGAAUCUGUUUUACAUUCUAAUAAUGGUCCAUAUCCCGAAGACAUUUUUGGGCAAUACAAAAUGGAAUCGCCUGUAUUUGGUAACAAAAAAAUAAACAGUACUCAGAACCAGCAGCGUAAGAAGAAGAAGAAAGUUUUGAAACCAAUACGUUUACAUACAUUGUCAGCCACCAGAAGAAGAAAAUGCACAUCAAAUACAUCAUAUCAUACCACUUAUACUAGCCAUACUGGAACUAAAUCAAACAGAUCAAAUGUCAAUAGCUUACUAAUUAACGAUAAUAUAUUGCGUAUAAAAAAACUGGAAAAUAAACUGGCUGAAGCACAUACGAAAGCGCGUGAACUGAUCGUAGAAAACCGUUUAUUAAAAACAUUUGGGAAGCGGCACGAAAAUGCAUUAUCUAUGUAUGAAGGUAAACAAGCCAAGCUACCACAAGUAAUUAAAUCAUAUGAAGAUGAAAUACGCACAUUAAAAAACCAAAUACGUCAUAUUAAAAUUUCAUUUAAAGAAAUGGAAAAUAGUUAUAAGUCACAGAACAUCGAAUUAAUAUCCUUAGAAAAACAGUACAAACAUCUUUUAGGUUUAUCUCAGAAUAAACAGCUAAGUAAAAAAGAAAAACUAUCAGAUCAAUUAGAUGAAGCUCAAAGUACAAUAAAAAAACAAGAUGAUAAAAUUUUGAAUAUUAUGAAAAACUUAGAACUUCAAAAUAAAUCUCAUAGGUAUCAUAUAAACGUAGAACAUAUUAAACUCAAAGAAUUACAACAUGAAGUCAAACGUUUAGAAGAUGAAAACCAAAAUCUAAGAUCAAAUUUGGAUAAGCUUAAGAAUAAAAAUCAUAGUUCAAGACAAAGUUUUACAAAGGGAACAACUGAAGACUCAAUAAGCAUAGUAUCUCGUGUGUCAAAGCCUAUACCAACAACACGUGAUGGACAAGGUGAUGAAAUAGAUGAAUCUUUUUACAAAACUAAUGGGUCAAUAUCCCUUAAACCAGAAUCAAUUCAAUAA